GUUUCCGUUUGGCGCAUGCGCAGAUAAUUGACGCAUGUUUCCGGUGCAGCGGCCAUAUUGGAACUCCACUUGUCAAGGGUAAAAGUCUCCGGAACCACAAACAUGUACCGGUUUGGCAAAGCAGCUCUUAAUAUCACGAGGCGGGCCUCUCAGCAGGUGAGGCAAGGCUCCACCGUGACUCCGGAUUUUCACGCCAAAUAUGGGACCGCCAUAAUGCUUGGAGGAGCUGCCUUCUGCGUUGGCGUGUGGUCAUAUGUUCUGACCCAGACGGGCCUCACGUGGAACCUCUCUCCCGUCGGUAAAGUGCAGCCUAUACCGUGGAGACAGGCCGAGGAGGAGGAGUGACGACAUCACUGCUUUGGUUGUACAGAAGAUGAAAAAUGUCCAUUUAACGCCUGUGGUUAUUCCAGAAUAUUCCUGUUCCAUGUUCAAUAAAUUAACAGAUUCUAAAUUUUA